GAGGAGGGCAGAGCAGGACCUUCCUGACAUCUCCAAACAUGUCAGCACAGCACAUUGGACAGCACAGCCCUGCCCUCACAACCAAAGCACAAGAUCAACAAGGGCAAGGCAGCUUUCUCUUUGCCCCCAACGGCAACCUGUUGUUCUUUAACGAAGGAGAGUCCUCCCGAGAAAGGUCAAACUGUCUGCAGGUAUCUUCUCCAAGGAUCCACAUCUCUCUUCUCAUGCUCAAGUCACUGGAUUUAAAUCUUUCCUCCACUCAGCCAUGACUGCCGCCGUUUUCUCCAACCUCGGGUUCGUCCACUCCCUUAGCGUGAUUCUCCUGGCGCUGGCCGGUCUGAGCUCGAGCAGUCCCAUCAAGCUUCCCGAGAAUCGCCGCCACAGGGCUUCGGUUGGGAGGGAUGCGGGUGGCGGCCCGCUGCUGGAGGCGCAGGACUUUCUGAGCCACUUUCUGUCCACGCUGAACCUCACCAAGCUGAGGCCCCAGAGCAGGCCCCUCCACGAGCCACCAGAGUACAUGCUGGAGUUGUACAACCGAUUUGCCAGAGACCGCACGGCAGUGCCGUCAGCCAACAUAGUGCGCAGUUUCAAGAAUGAAGAUUUGUCCCGCUACAGUAUAAGAGCUGGAGGUGUAAGGAUACAUCCCCUGCUGUUCAAUAUCUCCGUGCCCCAUCACGAGCACGUAACAAUAGCCGAGCUUCGCCUUUUCACUCUGGUCCGAAAAGCCCAAAGACCUUUCGCUGGCUUUGACUGCAAGGUGACAGUCUACAAAGUGCAUGAGGGUGUUGUUUGGACAAAAGAGGUGGGGAAAGAAGGGAGGAGGAGGGAUAAAGGGGAGGUGGUGGAGACGAAGGAUCUGGAGGAACUGGUGACAAAGCAUAUCCAUGCCAGAGAUAAUAGCUGGGUGUCAUUUGACCUGACUCAUGUGGUCGCGUUCUGGCGGAAGUCAGGGUGUGCGACUCACAGACUGGAGGUCCACAUUGCAAAUCUGGGGUCAGGGGAGGAGGGAGGGGCCGCGCAGGAGGCCGCAGAGGCCGGGGGGAGUUUGGUUGAGGUCGAUAUUGACAGGAGCUUGGACGGAAUACACAAUCCAGUGAUGAUUGUAUUCUCAGACGAUCAGAGCAGAAAUCACAAGCAGGACAAACAGGAGCUCGACCAGAUGAUCAAACACGAGAAUGACCUUCCUGAAACUGUGGGCGGGAGCCAGGAGUCUUCGCGGGGGCGCGUUAAUCACAACGCCGGCCGCGUAAACCAGAACGAGCUACACAAACAGUCCCUCAUGCAGCUGCAGUCCAACCUUAUCUACGACACACCUCCUCGAAUCCGUCGCAAUGUUAAGAGCGAGUCAUGCAGGAGGACGCCCCUCUUUGUGGAUUUUAAAGACAUCGGCUGGGAUACGUGGAUCAUCCAGCCGCUGGGCUACGAGGCCUACGAGUGCAACGGCGUGUGCAACCCACCAAUGACCGCUGAAGUCUCGCCCACUAAGCACGCCAUCGUGCAGACGCUGCUGAGCAUGAAGAGUCCUGAGAGGGCAUCGCGUGCCUGCUGUGUGCCCACUAAGCUGGAGCCCAUUUCGCUCCUGUAUCACGACGACGAUAAUGGGGUGAUCACGUUCAACCACAAGUACGAGGGAAUGGUGGUGGCGGAGUGUGGCUGCAGAUAG